AUGAACACUAUUAGUUCUAUCCAUGAUGUAAAAGCUAUAUAUGCCUUAGAGAAUUGUGUAAUUAGUGUUUUUAAUUUACUUCAUUUGGUUAAUUUACAUUUGCCUACUUAUUCUAAUUUAUAUGCCACCAUGGAAUAUGUACUAACCUUAUCGGUAUCUCAGGUUAAUUGUGAACGAGUUAUUAGCAAAUUAAAAAUUAUCAAAAAUCGUCUACGUGCUUCAUUAGAUGACCCCUUUGAUGCUUUUUUAUUAAUGUCUGUAGAAAAAGAUAUAUUGAAUGAUUUAGAGUUUGAAGAUAUUUUGGAGUUUUGGACAUUAUUACAAAUUCAAAUUACCUAUCAUACUUUAUCCAAAUUAUUAUCGUACACAUAA